CGUCAUUGUUUACUCGCUCUGUUCCAGGAAGUUUGACGGAGAGGUGGAUCUGUCACAGAGAAAGGAGCAAAGUUUGGAAACAUUUAUAGUGUUUUUUUCACACUAUAACACGCAAAUGUGUUAUAGUUUCAGUUAUCUACAAUUCUUCUGAAUUAUUUCACGAAUUGAAGAAGCUUUGUUGUAUGUAAUGACUUUAGGGACACAGAGGAGAAAAGCAAGAUCAUGCGGUCACAUCAGGUCCCCCGCCGCGAUCCCGCAACAUUUUAAAGUCCUCUACAUAUUUUGUACUUUAUAUACAAACAAAUGCUUAUUUUCAGCAGAAUGAGGUCUGCACACAGCAGACAUCUAAUCUCGGCGAUUAGAAAUGGUUUUAACGGAAUAGGGACUAAUUGUUUAAGGUUUGACACGGAGUCCAUUCGGCUUUUGAGAGGUUCACGCAAGCUGGUCAGAGAGUUGAGUACCUCAGUUAAAACUCUACAGUAUGACCUGAAAAAAUCUGACAUGACUAAGUCUGGCAAUAGGAAGUUAUUCUUUGAUACUCAUGCAAUGGUUCAGCUGCUCGAGGAAAGCGGUUUCGUGACUCAGCAGGCAGAGGUCAUUGUCAAUAUGAUGGUAAAUAUCACAAAUUCAAACAUGGGCGUUAUGUACGGUGACAUGGCUACCAAAACGCAGCAGGAAAUCAUGUUACAGAAAGUCAUGUCUCAUAUUGCUGCUGUAAAAAAGGACAUGAUCAUUCUGGAGAAGAGUGAAUUCUCAGCAUUGCUAGCAGAGAAUGAGAAAAUCAAGGUUGAGCUAUCACAGCUAAGAAUACAACUCACUGAUAUGAUGAACAAAAGGCGUGCAGAUUCCAUUUUGGAUUUGAAUGUAGAAAAAAGCCGUGUGAAGGAGGUGACAGCCGACUUUGACAGAAAGCUUAUUGGGACCAGGAAUGAAUUGAUGGAAAUGCAUUCUGAGCAGGAUCGUUACAUGACACAGACUAACAUGAAAAUCGACACAGAAGUGGCGGGCCUGAAGACUUUGCUGGAGUCACAUAAACUGGAUACUAUCAAAUAUCUGGCAGGUUCAGUAUUCACGUGUCUCACAGUCGUACUUGGAUUCUAUCGGAUAUGGAUGUAAACAUCAGCAGACAUUGUUUCUCCUGAGAAAAUGUCUCAUUAGCCUCGGGUUAUAAGAAGAGCUGUGGUAUUCACAGCUUUUAUCAAGUUCUGUUAGGAAAAAUAAAUCACAUUUACAUACCUAAAUAAUAACUACAUAGUGCUACAUCUUGCAUUAGUUCAUGAUGUUCAUGCUUAUCAAAACCAAUGUCAACAGAUGAAUGAAUGCCAAGAUAAUACAGUACACAAAUAUACCAAAGAAGGUGCAAGGUAUGUUAUAAAUCUGAGAUUCAUGCAAAUAAAUACACAUACACUUUUUUUAAAACAAACACACAUAGCCAUUUUUUAAAACACAGUUAUUAACUUUGCAUUAGUUUAUGUUGUGCAUCAGAUAAUGUCACAUUUUUAAAUACACUGCAUGUUAAAACAAUGUCACAAGUAAUAGUGCUGUUGUACUGAAUAUUGUCACAGCUGUGACAAAAAGCUCUGACAAACUGUUGUAUGAUGUCAAUUAAUGUGCCUUGGGUUGUUUUGGUAAUGAUUUAAGAAAUAUUGUACAUGUAUUUGUCAAAAUGAUUUCAAUUCAUGUUGAAAACUUGACGAGAGGUGAGAACUAAACGCACAAGAUGUACAAAAAAGUGUAUAUAUUUUUAUUGUAAUAUGGUUCUGAUUCAAUGCAAGUCACAGUUAUUCUGAAUAAUAAAACAUUAGUCUUGAAUUAUUAA